AUGGCGAACAACUCGAUUCUCACGUAUCUGCCAAAUGGUUGGACAGAAGAGAGAUACAAGAACGCAACUGAUGACGACUGGGAGACUCUCUCAGAAGAGGAAGCUGAAUUACUCUGGGAAAGAGAAAAGGAAGCUGCCUCAAAAGCAACACAUCAAGCCUUCAAAAACACCAUCAUGGCAGAAGCGGGAACUGCUGGUGCGCCACCGUCGCAGUUCCUGUCAGAAGUCGAGCCACCGCAGCAUGCUCUGAUCAAUUUGGUAGAAGAGAACAACUGGGAAGACUUUGGAUUCGUCGUCUUCCGCACUUGCUUUGGCGAUGAACAGCUUUGGGAGGCGUUUCGCGAGUUGUGGGAUCCGCUUCUUCAGCAUGGGUUUGAUGUUGCUCCUACUUCCAAGGGGUUCGAUCGUGUGCGCGAUAAGCUUCUGAUGAAAGUCGUCGAUGAUGAGAUGACAGAAAAUGCAAAGGCAGAAGGUGUUGCUGCUGCAUACAGAUUGUUCACAAAGGAUGAAGAUGAACUGGACGAAGAUGAGAUACUCGAGCCAGGGCUCAAAACGAGAAUGUGCUUGUUCGUGGAUGAAGAGUGUAUGCAUUCUGUAACGACACCAAAACCUGGCAUACCUCCGUUCGUCAAGGCUGUGGAUGUUGAUUUGGGCUCGAAGACGCAGCAGAGACCUGGUGCUGUAUUCAGAGUUGCCAUUAAGGAUUUGGCUACACAUUUCUAUCCUGCAUUGUGGCUGCCUGAUAUAGUGGAUGCUGCAGAUCUUCGUCCUUUGAGAGAAGAUCAGGUCUGGACUCGCCUGUCCCUCAGUGUGUAUGGAAGCAUAGAGCAGGAAAAGCUAGACAGAACUUUAGAUACAGAGCAUUGA